AUGCGAAGUAAUAAUGAGUUGAUUGGUUAUGAUUUGUUUUGUAGAUCUUCCAAAUCUAACAUCAAUAACUUCCAAAGAUUGGAGUUUCCAUUAUCCUCGUGUAGUGACAUUGGCAAGUAUUUCUGCAUAUUGAGUAUUGAUAGUAUUUAG